UAAACCAUUCUGAUAUUGACUCCAACGGAUGGUACUAAUGAGUUAAAAGUAGUGUUACUAACUACCUGUUUCAGUGCUCGAUCAGUAGGGAAAUUGUGUUUGAUCGGUAGAGAUCGCUAGCUCACGUGAUUCUGUCUGCUAGUGCAUUCUGUGGAUCGUGAAAACUGAUGUGAAAAGUUAUUUAAAAGUUAUAAUAGCUGGGCAAGGUGUUGGCUGGUAGUGAAUCAGAAUUAUCGAUUUGUUUGUAUUUUUCCCGUCUCUUUGUAUUAUAUGACAGUGAAGUUUUCCCUUCGAGAAUGAAAAUGAAUCAAUUGAGUUUCGUUUAGUGCACGGCAUUUGCAUUCAAUAUCCGAGCAGUGUUUCUCAUUAGUAUUCAAUCAGUGAUAAGCAAGCAGUCAACAAUGCCUAGUACGCUUCUGUUCGCCAACAGCAAUGAAGGUCGUGUGUACGCCCUGUCUACGGCCGGGUCUUCGUGGCGUGAAUUCCUUUAUCUAGGGCUGGAAUUCAAGCGCAUUUCCGUGGUUCCGCACUUCAUGUGGGCCAUCGGGGGCGACCGACAGGUGUACGUACACGUGCACGCCCUGGAUAUACCUAUCCGCAUUAAGGAGGAAGCCUACGAAAACGAGAGGUGGCUUCCCAUCGAGGGAUUCUCCAGCCGCUUGCUACCAACGGAUCGAUAUCACUUUUCCAACGUCGAUGGAACCAUCGAUAGGAACAUCGAUAAAAUACGAUUACCUUCCAUGGCUUGGCAGUGGGAAGGUGAAUGGCAGUUGGACCUAUCCUUGGAUGGACAACCUCUGGAUCAUGACGGGUGGACAUAUGCCGUGGACUUCCCAGCAACUUACCAUCCGCAAAAGAACUGGAAGUCUUGUGUUCGACGGCGAAAAUGGAUUCGUUUCCGUAGAUACUGUGCUCUUAACUCGUGGUGUGCUGUAGCUCCGCUACAUAAAGAUCCCACUCAAGAACCGUUCAUUGACGUGGCUAUCAAUGGAAGCAGCGUUUCUGGAGCAUCCCCCGGUUUACUACUGGUUUGGGCAGUAACAGCUCAUGGUCGAGUUAUGUUCCGAUCUGGAGUUAGCACUACUUCUCCAGAAGGAUUGCGCUGGACUUCUGUCACCACUCCUUCAGGUUGCGAAGUCUCACAGAUUGCCGUUGGACCAACAGGGUUGGUUUGGGCCUGCUUGUACAAUGGGCGAGUCAUUGUACGUGCUGGUGUGACCAGAGAUGCCAUGACGGGGACCACUUGGCUGGAGGUGAAACCACCCGGGAACAAUCUGAAAAUAUCCCAGGUAUCCGUUGGGACCAACUCGGUAUGGUGUGUAACCAACGAUAAUCACGUUUGGUUCCGACGAGGCGUUCACGGUGAGGCGUCUGGAAUCAGUGAAGAUGCUGCUAUCGGCAGUGGUUGGGUUGAGAUGGUUGGCAACAUUUCUUACAUCUCAGUGGCUCCCAACGAUCAAGUUUUCGCCGUGGGAUCAGAAGAUAGGGCCUUGUACUUUAGAUCCGGUGUUUGUAGUUCAGAUCUAACGGGAAAGAAGUGGCGACUGAUCCAGCUACCACUUCAAAUGAGCCGAACUUCUAGCAACUUUUCGCUGUCAAGUAGACGCAGUGGAAGCGAGUCACCUUCCACCAAGCAUAGAAGUUUGAACAGCCUCUACAAGGAAAGACUACAGCAGGAAAAUGCUUCGCUUGUUGAAAAUAAUGAAGAAACAUCUCGAUCAGCACCAACCACUAAUCCAAAGCAGCGACCGGAGCUUUGGCACAAACCUGAAAUAUCACCUGAUCCGCUUGCCACCAAACUGGAGGUACAACAACCGGGAAGUCUAAUAGAAAAGAAGAUCACCCGAAACCUGUCCAAUGAAACGGUGGUUGCCUCCAGUGCACCUCUGAACGAAGUGUACGAAAUUUCCGGUAAGCAACUUAAGAAUUCGCGGGCAUGGAGCCCAGUUCGUAGUGUCGGCUCGCUUGUCGGCACCGAAGCUCAUCCUGAAUCGGACUCGAGCGUGUUCGAAGGAGAGAGCUCACGAGAUUCUGGAGUCUUUGGUGAAUACGAAGAUCACGGUGGUUCACAAAACUGGGCAGACUACGAAGUUUUAUGGGUUGGAUGUGCUGCCGGUGCGGUUACUGUAGAUCCGAAUCAGCUGCCAAAUUGGUUCAACGAUAGCUGUGGUAAUGUUAAUCAAGAAGAACUUACGCAACCGUGGCGUGUCAAGCUUUUGGAUGAUUUGAAGCAACGACCACCAGGACCGCUGCAAGAUAGCGAUUUUGCGUUGUACGAAAAGGCAAUUGAAAUGUCUUCCUGGGUGAAAUCGGGUGAAGCUCGCGUUGCCAAAGCCGGUCAUGCUUUCGAGGAUUGCCUGAUCGAACUGGAAUGGGUUAAUAACCAGGGUUCGGGACCGGACUCGGGUACGCUGACAGUUUUGAACUCGGAUGGGGUUACCACCAAGAUUCAAUUCUCCCUAUCGGAGAUUACCUGCGUUAUGUGCUCCAGCGAGCCUGGUUAUCCAAGGCUUGCCAUUCACGCUCCACGGCUUCCACCAGGGUCGUCACUGAUCAAGAUUCAGUUCAGUGGUGAUACCGAUUUAGAAGACUGGAUUUCCCACCUGACUUCGGUUUGCUGUCAGAUAAACGAAGUGCACGGAAAACCUUCUCCGCGAUCGUUGUGGAUAACUUCCAACAUGGGUGAUGUCUUCGUAUUUGAUCCUACCAACCUGGAAGCGUCGCAGUGGCGUCCAGAGGACAAAGUUUACCAACAGAAAAUCGAUGUCUCGGCUGCUGAGACUCCAUAUUUGACUUCUUUGCAUAAUGGCAUGAUCAUCGGAUCGCGGCUGGAGAUUUCCGGAUUCGUAUACGAUGACGCCGAUCAUAUACGAUUCGACCUGCAGAGCUAUCCGACGGUCAGGGUUCGCCAUAAGAUGGAAUCACAGCGAAACAUUUCGCUGCACAUCAAUCCACGGUUCAACGAAAAUAUUACGGUAUUUAACUCGAUGGAAACUUCCCACUGGAACGAGGAUGAGAAACGAUGUAAUCAAAUGACGUUUGCUCCCGGAGCGGAGUUCAAACUUGAGAUAAGGAGUGAACGUGACGGUUUUCGAAUCACUGUCAAUGAUCAAGAUUAUCCUAAGUUCAAGUACCGGAGAGGACUCGCUCCGGACACCAUCUACAGCUUGUACAGUAGUGGUCGGGUCAAGAUAUUUACCAUAAUUUACGAAAAUCCAAAGCUGAUAUUUCCUCUGAAAGACGUUUUCUGGCGUCAGAUCGGUGGUCAUCUACGUCGAGUUCAGUCCUGUAAGGCAGGAGUCGUAUGGGGUCUUGGCUACGACAACACAGCCUGGGUCUACACUGGAGGUUGGGGGGGAGCUUUUCUCAAGGGGCUCGAGACCAGUAAUCAAGGUAUUAAUACGAUGACUGAUACCCAUAACUACCACAUAUAUGAAAAUCAAAGGUGGAAUCCUUUGUCCGGUUUCUCCACGACCGGACUGCCGACUGAUCGACACAUGUGGAGUGAUAUUACGGGCAAGCACAAACGAAACAAGGAUCAUACUAAGCUGUUGUCCAUGCAUUGGCAGUGGAUCAGCGAUUGGUUGGUAGACUUCCAUAAUCCGGGUGGAGUUGAUCGAGAUGGUUGGCAGUACGCGGUAGACUUUCCAGCUAGUUACCACGCAAAGAAGCAAUUUACGGACUACGUCCGCCGCCGUAGAUGGUAUCGUAAGUGCCGGUUGACGACAACGGGACCUUGGCAAGAGGUCGGUAAUUCAAAGAUCGUUGACGUAACGCUGCAAGCCAACAGCGAUGCAGUCGACUGCAGUGUUAUGGUUUGGGCUGUAGCUGCGAAUGGAGAUGUUCUCUAUCGGCGAGGAGUCAGCCUGUCUCUACCUGCGGGAACUGGCUGGGAGCACGUGGCAUGUGAUCAACCGUUGGUUAGCAUAAGCUGCUUCGAGAAUAAAGUCUGGGCCAUUGGAAAGAAUGGUUCCGCCUAUUGGCGCUGUGGCAUCUCAACCGAAAAUCCACUAGGUUCAAAGUGGCAACCGAUAGAACCUCCCGGAGGGGUAACCUUUAAGCAAAUUUCCGUAGGAAAGGCUGGAAUUUGGACCGUCGAUACAACGGGACGCUUAUCCGUGCGGAAGGAGAUCACUCCAACGUUUCCGGAAGGCAGUCAUUGGCAGCUGUUGAGCAACAUACAGAAUGAUCCUCCGCACUAUGAGGGAAACAUUGGAUUCAAGAAUGUUUCCGUUGGAGAGCAUGUUUUUUGCGUAUCCCAGUCGGGAUACAUCUGCAAGCGUAGUGGAAUUAGUUCGGAAAAUCCCGCUGGCACCGGAUGGACCUUGGGAAUUCAAGGAAAUUGGCACUACGUUAGUGUGAAUGGAUUUUACGAUUAAGUAUGACGUCGUCAACAAAUGAUUAUCAUAAAAUAACGAUCACCAGGAAGUAGCCAUCUAAUCUUAUAACCUACCUAUUGAUAGUUAAUGCUAUCCAGCAUGUCAUAUUCGUAUUAACUUACCUUUGCCUGUAACAUCAAAACAUGUUUUAUUCGCAAUCCUAUGCUUGUGUCAGGCCACGUUGAUUAAGGUUAAAUAAAUGGCUGCUUGUGCGUAU